ACUUUCAGUGGCGAUACAUAUGGUGCGUAUUUACCGCUGCUCCAUAUUCCGAGUAAAUCAUCAGCGGGCUACUGUGGUCUCGCUGAAGUAAUGAACUUUACUAAAGGAAAUGGAAAUAUUUAUGUAGACUUGUUAGUUGUUGUGAAAUCUGUGCAACCUGUGAAGAUGAUAAAAACUAAACUCGGUGUGGAAAUGCCGGUACGUGCUGUAGAAAUAGUGGACAACACAACGCCCGCUUCUCUCUAUUUGGAGAUGUUUGAUACCGAUACUAUUCAAAGGGCGGAGGAAUGGCGUCCAUUAGGAAGCGUGUUGUUUAUCGCGGACGCGCGCGUGUCGUGGCGCGGUCGUGGCGCGCGGACGCAGGUGUGCGGGCGCAGCGUCGUCACGCAUCAGCCGCACACUUCUGACGCUGAGGCGCUCAGACUCUAUAUACAAGACCGAGCUGCGGGUGGUGAGGCGGCCGCGUGGUCGGAGUGGAGCGGGCAGCGCGCGUGCGCCGCAACCGUGGAGCAGGUGCGCGACCGCCUCGCUGACGGCGCGCCCUUCUGUGCCUCGCUUCAUGCUCUACUCACACAUCUCGACUUAGACGAUCUGAUUAACUCUACGGACAAUAACUGUGAAGAGUUAAGAGUGCGCUUCGCCGAUCACACCGGGGAACUGACCGCUUGUCUUCCAGCAAAUAUUUUACAGAACACGUUAGGUUACACGACGCAACAGUUAAAAGCGAUGUCGUCAGAAGAACGGGCAGCUGUCCGCUGGCGCCUGCUGCUGGAGCAGUGCUGCGCCAAGUUGGCCGCCACGCCGCCGCGCCUCAUCGUGCUCUCUCUGCGCAAAGCCAACCCUGCCGACCCUAUACCACUUUACUAA